CUUCAUUUUCUCUCUCUGGCAAUGGCUUCUUCUCCUACUACUCCGUCCUCUAUGUUUCCUCGUUUCCUCUCCUUUGCUUACGGUGUGCUCAUCUUCUCUUCUUUCUGCCAUUGUCGGCGUCUCCAGGAUUCACUGAAAGGACUGACGCUCGACUCGGUGAGAGAUUUCCUCACCAGGGAGGAGGACACGAUUGUGUUCAGCCUCAUUGAGAGGGCCAAAUACCCAUACAAUUCCCCGACUUACGAUCCCUCCUAUCUCCAUGGGAAGUUCUCACUCGUCGAAAUCUUUGUCAGGGAGACACAGGCUGUUCAGGCCAAGGCUGGACGAUAUCAAAACCCAGAGGAGAUCCCCUUCUUCCCCAAUAAUUUACCAUUGUCGACUUUAGCACCUCCUUACAAGUUCCCACAGGUGUUGUAUCCAGCAGCAGCAUCUGUUAAUGUGACCAAGACCAUUUGGACUAUGUAUUUUAAUGACUUGUUAUCACUGUUCACCACAAGGGGAAAUGAUGGUAACUAUGCACUAACAGCAGCAUCAGAUCUUGUAUGUUUGCAGGCCCUCUCAAGAAGAAUCCACUACGGAAGAUUUGUAGCAGAAGCGAAGUACAGAGAUGCCCCGCAAGACUAUAAUCCUGCAAUUCGUGCUCAGGAUAAGGAUGCUUUGAUGAAACUAUUGACAUCUGAAAGUCAAGAAGAAUUGGUGAAGAGAAGAGUGAAAAAGAAGGCCAUGGUGUUUGGGCAAGACAUAACCUUGGAUGAGAAUGAUACAGGUGACAGUAACAGUAACCGGACCAACUAUAAGGUUGAUCCCUCAAUAGCCUAUCAUCUUUAUGGAGAUUGGGUUAUACCUCUGACCAAGCUUGUUGAAGUUGAAUAUCUUCUCCACCGUCUUGAUUGACAGCAUUGGUUGUAUCUUAUUCUGUGAUGGUGGCUUUGGAUGGUUAGGAAGUCACGAGAGUAGCUUCCCCAUUGUCUCCAUGCUCCGCGGUACUAGUUCUAUUUUUUUCUUUUUUUUUCCGAAACUAAGAACUAACAGAUAAAUAUAUAGUAUAUUUAGGAUGUUUGAUUCGUCCUACGAAUCUUCGAAGUUUGACAUAUUUAUUUUCUCUCCUCGAAUCAUGUACAGAGUCGACUAGCAGAGCUUGUUUGCUCCGUAUAGCAACUCGUUUAAUAAUUAAUUGUCCACAGAAGGACUAUUUUUUAACAUGUAGUAGCAGUAGCAUUCAUCAAUAUAUUGUUUUUUGAGAAGAA